UCCCUCUCUUUGUGUUCUUUCCCCUUUCCUCUCCCACAUGAUUCCCGAGCUCGAGAAACCGAAGAUUCUUGAGAUAAAGGUCCGAAUGGACUGUAAUGGGUGUGUUCAGAAGAUCAAGAAGGCGUUGUAUGGAAUCAAUGGCAUUUACGAUAUCUACAUAGACUUCCCCCAACAGAAGUUGACAAUCGUUGGAUGGGCUGAUCCAGACAGAAUCAUGAAAGCCAUUAAGAAAACUAGGAAGAUAGCUACCAUUUGUUCCGAGUCUGAACAGGCAGAUCCACUAGCUUCUACUCAACUCCCUGAUAAUCCACUGCCUUCUGGUGGCGAAGCAGAAGCUCCUCCUCCGUCGCAUGACGUGGCGAUGGUCGAUGGGCUACCUGGACAUUCACAUGUUGAGAUAGCACCUGGCCAGACGACCGUCCACGAAGCUCAUUCGGGCCAACAGUUUGAUUUGACCAAUGCUACCGUACAAGCAACACAGCCUCUUGGAUCACAUGAGGUCGGACAGGUUCAUGUUACUCAUAACCAGCCAUCGGAACACGGCCAUGUCGUCCACCAGAGUUCCUUGGAACCCGGUGUUGUCCACCACCUAGGACCAGAGCCUGGCCAGGUUGUCUCGCAUCAACCUGAGAAUAGCCACGUGGUUCAUCAACUACCAGAACAUGGUCAUGUAGGCCAUCAACAGUCACCCAUGAACGGGUACGUGGUUCACCAACAUCAACCUGAGCAUAGCCAUGUAGUAAGCCAUCAUCAACCACCUGAUCACGGCCACGUUAUCAACCAACAGCCACCCGAGCAUAGCCACGGCCACGUAAUCCACCACCACCCAACUGAACACACCCAUGGCCAUGUAAUCCAACACCACCAAUCCGAACAAGGCCAUGGACGCACCUCAAGCCACAACUACCACCACAAUAUCCCAAGAACAAUUCACGGGUCGACAUCGACGCAUCCAAUGACAGUGAUACACAGCUACAACACAUACCAACCAUCACCCUACGUAACAGAGUACAUCCGACCAUUGACAACCCACAAACCCUCCCCAUACGCCUACGAAUACAUACCACAGCAGUCAUCCUCCAACCAUUAUAGCCCGAGAAUGGACCGUUACAACGACGACUAUAACAACACAGGCAUAAGCAGCAACAACAACGGGAACAUCACAUCAAUAUUCAGCGACGAGAAUCCAAACGCUUGUAAUCUAAUGUAAAGUAAAUUGAAGGGGAAGUGAUUUAAUGAAGGACGAGUUUUUGAUGAACACGCAAGAGAAGAACACGAACAAGAUUCCAAACGUGGGAGUGGUGGGAGAAUCUGAUCCUAAAAUUCUAUCUUUUUGAUGAUGGGUUGAUAUGAUAAACCAGGUAAAGAACAUUCUUGUAAAGGCGACGUAGGGAAUCUUGUAAAGUUGUAAAGAUUUUUAUGGCUUCAAUGGCUGACAGAUGUUUACAGAAACAAUGAUUUUUAUAGCUUUUAAUAUUUACCGAUA